UUUCGUCUAUCCCGGUGGACCCGCAGCUCGCGCUCUCCUGAAACUCGAGUCGCCAGAGGCAUCAUGGGCUUCGGGAAGUCCUCCCCCUUCCUGGCUUUCAGCAUCUUGGUCCUGUGCCAGGCAGGCAGUCUCCAGGCGACACCACUCAGGUCUGCUUUGGAGACCCUCCCAGAUCCCGGGGCACUCAGUGAGAAGGAAGGGCGCCUCCUGCUGGCUGCACUGCUGAAGGCCUAUGUGCAGAGCAAGACCAAUGAGCUGGAGCUGGAGCAGGAGACAGAGGGCUCCAGCAUCACUGCCCAGAAGAGGUCCUGCAACACUGCCACCUGUGUGACCCAUCGGUUGGCAGGCUUGCUGAGCAGAUCUGGGGGUGUGGUGAAGAGCAACUUCGUGCCUACCAAUGUGGGGUCUGAAGCCUUUGGCCGGCGCCGCAGGGACCUUCACGCCUGAGCAGUGCAAUGACCCCCAGAAGAAGGUUACCAUGAAGCUGAACUCACCACUUCUAUUAACUUCUGUUGACAACAACUUGGUGAGGAGGCCCCAAGGAAGAUAUACAUGUUUGCAUCCUAAUAGAUAUCAAAAAAAAAGCACCUUUGUCACUUGAAAGGAAUGAAAACUGAAUGCAAAAUAAGCUAAUUCCAUAUUUCUUGUGCAUCUUUUUUAUAGUUGAUUCUAUGUGCAGUAAAUGUGAUGGCAUCUCUCAUUAGCUUAUCUGGUAGCAAAUUGGUUCUUUGAAAGCUGUCCUGUUGACCAUGGCAGCUCUGCCAAAUCUUAGGGGGACAUUAAAUUACUGCCUCUAUGGCCUCUGGGGACACAUGGUAAUGGUGAUGCUAUGCUUUAUUGUCUAAGAACAUGAUUGUAUAAUUUGUUUAAAGAAAUGUCAAUAUUGUGCCAUUUGUGAACUUCAUUAAGAUUAAAAACAUAUUUUGGAUACACU